AUGAACAUGGCGACUGAAACCGAGGGCACUUUCACUAUUGAUGGCAAGGAGCUAUACACCAAGACCUGGACGCCCCAAGGCCCCGUCAAGGCCAAGCUCGUCUUCGUCCACGGCUUCAGCGACCACGUGAACCGGUACUACGGCCUCUUCCCGUCUCUCGCGGCCCGCGGCAUCCAGGUGCACGGGUUUGACCAGCGCGGAUGGGGCCGCAGCGUUCGCGUCCCAGCCGACAAGGGUCUCACGGGACCGACAGCGCAGGUCAUCGCCGAUGUGGCCGCCUUUACCCGCAGCGUCCUGGCCGCCGAGCCGUCGACGGUGCCCGUCUUCGUCAUGGGCAACUCAAUGGGCGGCGGCCAGGUCGCGACGCUGGCCUCCCACCCGGCCUACGAGGACCUCGUCGGCAGCAUCCGCGGCUUCGUCCUCGAGGCCCCCUUCAUCGCGUUCCCCGCAGGCGAGGCCCCCAGCGCCAUCAAGACCUUCCUCGGCAAGCUCGCCAGCCGCGGACCCGAGGUCGUCAAGAGCGUCCGCGAGGACCCGCUGUGCCACGACACGGGCACCCUCGAGGGCCUCGCGGGCCUGCUCGAGCGGACGGAUGCGCUGGCCUCGGGCCGGGUCAGGCUGGGGAGGCAGGUGAGGAGCCUGUUCCUGGCCCACGGCACCGGCGACAAGACGACGAGCUGGGAGGCCAGCCGCAAGUGGUUCGACGCGCAGGGACUCCAGGACGGCCGGUACAAGGAGUACGAGGGCUGCUAUCACCAGCUGCAUGCCGACCUGUGCAAGGACGAGUUUUACAGCGAUGUUGGCGACUGGAUCCUCGAGAGGACCGAGGACAGACCCGGACCCAAGCUUUAG